UUUUCAAAGCAAGAAAUAGUUUGUUGCGACACCGUAGACGUCUUAAGCAUGCAAAGUCAAAACACAAAUCGACUAAAAGAAGUUGUUAUCUAGUUGUUUCUGCAAAUGCGACAAAAGUAUCAGUUAGUUAUAUUUCUGGCCAUUGUCAGCUUUUUUCUCCUGCAAAAAGCUAACAGCGCAAGAUUUGUUUAUAAAGGCGGGGAACAGAGCAAUGCAACUUCAGUGACCACGUCAAACUCUCCUGCUGUAGGAGUUAAUCACGGAAGUCUCGUCGGCCAUCCCGCUUCUCCAACACCAAUGAAGAUCUCUACUCUGGCGCUACUCGUGACGCUUCUAACAAUUGUUUCAGGAGCCACCAUGUUGGGGCUUAUACAUCUCGUUCGAAAUAGACAACGUGCGCUGCUCCAGCAAGAGUUUGCCAUGACAGAAGAAGAUGCUUAUCUUUCAAGUACAGCGUUGGCAAGUGAUCCCUACCAAAGUGUAUCCAAAGGGAACUCGGAAGAUAAAGUUACGAUUCCGAUACCCGACACUCCAAACCAAAAGACUUACAUUCUUACCCCGAAAAUAUCUGUGACACGUCCUGAGGGAAACACAUCCGCGCUGAAUUAUUAGACAGCAAGGUAAAGAUGAAUUCUCCACGCUUGUUUAAAGAUUGAAAAUAUAAAGAAGACUUGCAGACGACGUAUUAUGAAUAAAUUUUUUAAUCUAUUGUCA